GUCCGCCCCUGUGUCGAAUCAGGCGAUAGGGAAGUAAAAAUGCAUCUUUAGACGUUACUCAUUGGAUAGCUACCAUGGCAGCCACGAAAGCCUCUAAAGAACAGAAAUACGACAGGCAGCUCAGGUAGAUUAAUUUUUUUUAAAGGUUUCUCAAGCGCCAGUAUUUCUCUAUCAUACUGUUUUAUUUAUUUGAACCAGGGAUAAACACAGAAGAGGCAGACGUACUGGAGUUAGCUAGCCUUAGCUUGUUGUGUUAUGAUAGCAUCGUCUUUAGCAUUAGCUGCAAUAGGAUGGGUUUGUGUUUUUGUCUGUUUGAUUCAUGCGUGUCCAUCAACAUAAGGUUACCCUGUGGCUGCUUUUAACGUGAUUAAAUCAUCACAGUCGGUUUUUUUUAUGUUAAAAUCAGUGUGUUUGCAAAUGUCAAAUCACCAGCUACACAAGUCAUUCCUCCUCUGCUUUGAAUGGAUAAACUUUGUAAUUAGAUGGCAGCACAUGUUCGUGUAAUGUUGUGCUUUUUUCAGGCUGUGGGGAGACCAUGGUCAAGAAGCUCUGGAGAAUGCACAUGUCUGUCUCAUCAAUGCCACUGCAACUGGAACAGAGAUCCUGAAGAACCUGGUGCUUCCAGGUGAUCAGCUGUUAUUGAGUGAUGGUGUUUCAGCUACUAAACCAACAGGCAGUGUUGUGACUGAAUGCUUCUCUAUUUUCAGGGAUUGGAGCAUUCACCAUAGUAGAUGGCCAUGUAGUUUCUGGAGAAGAUGUUGGAAACAAGUAAGUUAACUUUCUUUUAAUGUUUGUGUAAGCUUAAAACAGUUUCAGUGCAUCUCAAAGAAAAACCUGCAAAAUUGCAAAAAGCUCAAAAUGCUCUAAGUGCACAUAUGUCACAGAAAUGCACAGAAAGCUCUCAUGGCUUCCUGUUGGUAAUAGAUCACAUUCUCGUACUAUCACUGUUUACCGUACUGUUUUAAUGGACAAGAGACCACUGCAUAUAUAUGACCAAGUUAAAUACACACAAAAUGAACCAACCAGAAACUAAACAUUGUGUUUGCUGGUAGUCUGUUGGCAUCUACAGUAGCACCAAUGCUUUUUACUUUCGCGUUGACUAGGCUCCAUUUGUAAUUAUCUGAAGUAUUUAUCUGCAUUAUAUCCGAAUUUAAUUGGAACAAUACGAGCGAGCAGGAGCGUCUGUUUGUGGGCGAGGCUUCCUGGAGCAGAGAAGGAGGGGAGAGGAGGAGCUGAGGGGAAAACUGGUUGGGAAGGGUAGAGUUUACAUUCAAGAUUUCUCCUCAAGCACUGGCGCUUCCUCAGAUUCUGCCUACCCCACCUAUGAAUCUACCUUUACCUAUUGAGCUAUUACAGGAUGGAACUCAAUACCUAAUUACAUAAAAAAAUUCAAGCACAAAAUUGGUUUUCAAGAAAAACCUAAAACAACACUUGAUGAGAUUAAUCCUGUACUAAUAUAUUGUAUAUGAUCCUGUCUUCUAUCAAAUUGAUUCCUUCUGUUAAUUCCUUAUAAAACCCUUUUUCCCCCCUAUUUUUAUUUAGUUGUUUGGUAAAUGAGUGAUUGUAUAAUCAUGAAUGAAUGUUUAUGUAAUGUUUUAUUUUCUGUUGGACCCCAGGAAGACUAGCGUUGUCUCAACAAAAGCUAAUGGGGAUCCUAAUAAACAAUAAACAAUAGUAUGUUCACAUCUUAUCUUCUCUUGCAGCUUUUUCCUUAGCAACAACAGCAUUGGAAAGGUAAGGUGUGCUGAUUUAUAUUAAUGUUAUGCAUGUAGUAUUUACCUGUAUGCACACAGACACACAAUAUGUUUCCCUACAUGUGCCUUUCAUCUGUGUUCUUUUUUUUUCCGUCUUUUUUAAUAACUUUUGUAAGCGUAAAAUAAAUAAAAAUGUAUUCCUAGUCAUAGUCGUGCUGACCUGAACUGUGUGUUGCAGAACAGAGCGCAGGCUGCAACCGAGCUGCUUCAAGAGCUCAACAGCGAUGUCUCUGGAAAUUUUGUCGAAGAGGUCAGUAAAGUUCAAAUUUGCCACAUUGACACACACAACAGAGCUUCAGGAAGAAGUUCAUAUCAGAAACCUUUGACAUCGCUUAGGCAUUACACACUUUACACAAAACUUAAUGGGAAAAAGAGGCAACAUACGCUAUGGCCAUGCUAAUUUAUCAAUCAAUAUUAUGGCUUAUGUCAGAUUUUCUCUUGUAUUUUCUGUAGAGUCCAGACAAACUCCUGGACAAUGAUCCAGAGUUCUUCCACAGGUUUACUAUCGUCAUUGGUGUCCAGUUGCCAGAAAGGUAUGAGAUUUACUAAAAUAAAAUUUAUUUCCAUCAAUUAUUGCAGUAAAUAAGUGGUCCUGAGCGGAAUAUUGUAUUUUCAUACCAUUUAACUUUUCUCUGAAACUCAACAGCACAUGUUUGAGGUUAGGCUCGGUUCUGUGGAGUGCCUCUGUACCCUUUCUAGUCUGUAAAACUUAUGGUCUGAUCGGCUACAUGAGGCUGGCGAUUCAGGAACACACAGGUCAGUUCCUCUCAUUGACCUUUACUUCCAAUUGAAUUAGUUUUGAAACGCGUAUACAGAUUUAACAACUUUUAAGUUGAACUUCAUGUUGGUAUUGCAUGUGUCAUAAAGAUUCCUCUACAAAAGUAUUUCUUUGAGAUUGUUUUAACAUUUGAACUCUUCAGUGAUUGAAUCUCAUCCUGACAAUGCCUUGGAGGACCUGAGGUUAGACCAGCCUUUUGCAGAGUUCAAGAAUCAUGUUAAGACCUAUGACCUUGGUAGCAUGGAUAAAAAGGUGUGUACUUUGAUGGUAGCAAAUUGAUCUGCGCACACUUUUUAUGCUUAAGCUGCAUAAAUUUCCCAUAUCUGAUUGAAGCACUUUUCUUUCUUCAAUCUGUAGGAUCACAGUCACACACCCUGGAUUAUUGUUGUUGCUAAAUACCUGGAGAAGUGGCUCAGUGAGGUAAAUCAUAUUCUUGGUAUCACACCAUUGCCAAGGGUUCUGUCAAUGUGUUCAUGAAUGUUACUGUACAGUCAAAUUUUACUCUCCAUUGUUGUCUUAGCACAACAGCCAGCCGCCGAAAAAUUACAAAGAGAAAGAGGCCUUCAGACAGCUCAUACGGGAAGGUUUGUGUUGACCUCUUGAUUGCUUUUGCUCACUAGUUUUGCAACCUAAACCUCAAACUUAGCUGUGAGUAAUUCUUGUCUUUCCUCAGGGAUUUUGAGGAAUGAAAACGGCGUCCCAGAAGAUGAAGAAAACUUUGAGGAGGCUGUUAAGAAUGUCAAUACUGCUUUAAAUCCAACCAAGGUGCCAGACAUCAAAGAGUCUAAAUGAGAUUAGAUUUUUUUUUUUCGUGAGGUUAUCAUUCAAAGUGUUUAGAUUUGUCAGACCUAUUUUAAUAUCUUCUAUUUCUGCAGGUUCCCAGUGCUGUUGAAGACCUCUUCAACAGUGAGGAGUGCAACAACAUUACAUCACAGGUUAGGCAUUUUUUAAGACAAUUAAAGAGAAAUCAUCAUAUGAUUUUAUUUCAUAUGAUAGUUUGAUGUCAGUUAUUAUUGUGUUUGUUUUUAACUCAUUACUUUAAACUUUAAGAUGUUUUCUGUUUUUGUUUGUUUACCAGACUCCACCCUUCUGGGUGAUGCUACGAGCUGUCAAGGAGUUUGUUCUCAGUGAAGGCCACGGGAGUCUACCUGUACGAGGGACCAUUCCAGAUAUGAUUGCAGACUCUCAGAAGUUCAUCAACCUUCAAAAUGUGUAAGUAUCACAAUUAAAGGUACAAAGAAACUUGUUUAUGUAAGCCAUUCCAUCCACUUCUAUACCUUUUCUGCUAACAGUGUAUGUUAAAGUGUUGGUUUGUGUGUAUCUUUGUGCCCUAUUUCAGUUAUAGAGAGAAGGCCAUGCAGGAUGCAGCAGCUGUUUCGAAGCAUGUAGAAUCUCUUUUGCAGUCGGUUGGAAAGGUAUGAUUGAAAGCCUUCACCUCUUGCAUUAGCUUGAAAUAUCCCAGCUUGCACCAAUGUGCCAUCAUAGCUAAUGUGGCAUACAGAGCUGUCACAAUACUAGAAUUUUUAAUUUUGAUACAGUACUUGUAAAAAGCAAGUGAUAUGAAACCUCCUUCAGUAUAAUAGCAAAAAAGAGAACUCCCAACCCAAAAUAGAUAUUCAUAACAUUAUUAUUGAAUUUCUAAUUUGCACUCAGUGCCGGUACAGAAGAAGUCAUUGAGCUCAAAAUUUGACAAACUGUUAAUAGUAAUGAAUCUAAAAGAAGUGUGUGGUUGUGUGUGUAUCUGCAGAGCUGAAACUCAGAGAUCAGGUGAAAUCUUAGUCUCUCUCCUCUGCUCUCAUUACUUCAUCUCUAUGUCAAUCAACCACUGCUGCUCACUCUUCUCUUUACACUCUCUUGAUUGCAGAUGUGGUUAUCUAAUAAAUCAGUGCCAUUAAGCAUUAACACUACAGACAUUGUGUUAUUUCAAAGCAUAUGAUGUGGAAAAUUAUCUUUGACCACUAUUCUGCAUUUGAAGUAAAGUAUGUAAGUUGCAAACUGAAAUUGCGAUGUAUGAUCUCAUAAGUUGACUUUUUCAUAUUUUGCUAUCAAUCAACGAAAAAAAGUUAACUUCAGUUUUACUAACCUUUGACUCUCUACUAGCCCCCAGAGAGCAUCUCCGAAAAGGACAUCAAACUCUUCUGUAAGUAACUCAUUCUUUAUCCACAUCCCAUACUCUCACAUUCUCAUAACCAGUGUAUUUACUCCAAGUAAACUCCAACUCAAUUUUUCUUCUUGAUAAAUAUUAAUUUCUUACAUUGUGCAAAUGUGGAGGUUUCACUUCUUUCAAUGAAUUUUAAAUAAGUUAAGAAAUCACUUUAUAUACCUCUGCUUCAAUAGAGGGCAACUUUGAUUAACACAGAUCAUAAAAUGGGAUCUGAUUAUCAGGGAAUAUUAAAAACAUGUACGUGUGAAAUGAUCAUGAGGACUUACAUGUGUGUUAAAACCUGGUUUUAAUGCACAAAUACAGACUAUUGAAAUGCAUGAUUGAUAACUUGACCAGAUGAAAUGUGUUACCUCUUCAGCAUCGUUUGAAAGCAUCAUGUCUGUCAUGCAUAUUGUCAGACUUCAGCGUUGUUAUUUCUGUUGGAUUAGCAGCUGUGUGGAUUCACAUUGAUUUCACUGAGUGUUCCCUCUGGACAGGACUCAGCGGGAGAGCAAGUGUAGUACAUUAUGGUCCAAUGGUGAUUCUAUGAUUGGUUCCUGAACUGUACUUUUGUUCUGCUCCAGGUAAAAAUUCCUCUUUUCUGAGGGUGGUGCGUUGCAGAUCUCUGGCUGAAGAAUACAGUGUGGAUUCAGUGAAUAAAGAUGAAAUAGGUAAGCAUGAGAGGAAUUUUCUUUCUGAUAUAUCUGUUAAGUGUUUUACAGUGUCUUUCCUUGUUGAGAGAUAACUUGUACACAAGUUUUCUGCUGGUAUUAUUAACAUACAAGUCAUUACUUUGGUAUUGUGUCCUCAGCCUCAUGCAUGGACAAUCCGGAUAGUGAAAUGGUCUUCUACCUCAUGCUUCGGGCUGUUGAUCGUUUCUACCAGCAGCACUCGCGCUACCCAGGUGUGUCAAAGGUUUUAUCGACUCAUCUAUUAAAUAACAAAAGUAAAUUCACAGACAAAAUGUUGGUAAAUUGAAGAUUUUUGUAGACAGUGGAGGUUUUUUAAAAUGGUGUAAAAAAAAUCAACAAACUGUAGUCUAAGAGUUUAACCGCUGUAUGUCUUUUUCUGCACUAAGGACAGUCUGAUUUACUUUGAAUGAUCCUUUUUACUAUUUCUUCUCCCUUUGGCAUGUAAGUUUUUAUUUUUUAAUAUCUUCAUUUUUCCAUCCUAACUCCAUGUUUUGUGUCUCCAGGAGUCUAUAACUACCAGGUAGAAGAGGACAUAAGCAAACUAAAGCUCUGUGUGAACAGCUUACUACAAGAGUACAGUCUUAAUGUCAACAUCAAAGAUGACUACAUCCAUGAGUUGUAAGUUCUCCUCACUGCUGGAUUUACUGAUUGUAGUUAAAGAAUUUUAAAACCAGAAAUUAACUUUUUCACCAUGUAUCUCCAACCUGAAGCUGUCGGUACGGAGCAGCAGAGCCUCACACAGUUGCUGCAUUUAUGGGAGGUAAUGUUGUCCAGUUCUUCAAGUUAGAUUUUUGCCAUUAACACACAGCAUUUCACAACCAAUCAGUGCUAACAAGUCCCUAUUUUUGUUUUAGGGUCAGCUGCUCAAGAAGCCAUCAAAAUCAUCAGCCACCAGUUUGUGCCAUUCAGCAAUACUUUCAUUUAUAACGCCAUGUCACAGACAUCUGCAACCUUACAGCUGUAAAUACAGGUAUUGUUCCUGAGUUAGUUUUAAGCGUUAUCAAAGGAAAUGCAGUAAGAUCAAAACCGGGAUUUAGACAUUUGAACUAUUCUGAAACAUGAACUGCACAUUGGUGUUUAGAAAGAAGGACGUACUGCGUUUUAUCUCACUGGAACUGGAUGUUGUGUAAAAGAGACAUCAGGACUGCACCUACAGAUCACUUUUGUAUUUUCUCCUUGAGGCUUUUACUCUCAAUCAACCCUAAAACAAGCUGACUCUAAACCUUAAUGUUGUAUUUUCAUCUUGUAAACUCCACAUCUAUGGUUGAUAUAUUACAGCCUAGCAGCACUUUGUAUACUUAAGUCAAAACUGACACGGUGUUUGGUUUGGAAAAGGUGGAAGAUUUUGGAGGAUAAAUGGGAAAGAAACUGUAUGUGGUGUUGAAUUGUUCAUUUAUUGCUAUAAAAAUAUACAAAACUA